CGUCGAGGGCACGCGGUGGCUCCUCACUUCCUGGUUGAAGAUGGCGGAUGAGAAUGAGACAGCACCGCUGCCGGAGAAAGAAGAUGUAGAGGACCACGGACACUGCAGCGACUGUGAAAAUGACGAGCACCAUUUCGACGACGGUGACAGGGGUCUUGGUGACGACACCGGUGCCAAGAAGAAGAAAAAGAAGCAGAAAAAGAAGAAGAAAUCUGGUGCCACAGAAGCAGCUCAGGACCCCCUUGCCAAGGUGAAUUCAUUGCCAGCUGAUAAGCUACAGGAGAUCCAAAAGGCCAUUGAACUGUUCUCUGUUGGCCAAGGUCCAGCCAAAACCAUGGAGGAAGCGAGUCGGAGGAGUUACCAGUUCUGGGACACGCAGCCUGUACCCAAGCUAGGGGAGACGGUGACAUCACAUGGCUCUAUUGAACCUGACAAAGACAACAUUCGAGAGGAACCCUACAGCCUCCCACAGGGCUUCAGCUGGGACACCCUCGACUUGGGAGACCCUGGUGUGCUCAAGGAGCUUUACACUCUUCUCAAUGAGAACUAUGUGGAGGACGAUGACAACAUGUUCAGAUUUGACUACUCCCCCGAGUUCCUGCUCUGGGCCCUGCGACCCCCUGGCUGGUUGCCUCAGUGGCAUUGUGGAGUGAGAGUUAACUCCAACCAGAAGCUGGUCGGCUUCAUCAGUGCCAUUCCUGCCACCAUCCGCAUCUAUGACGUAGAAAAGAAGAUGGUUGAGAUCAACUUCCUCUGCGUCCACAAGAAGCUUCGCUCCAAACGAGUGGCUCCAGUUCUGAUCAGAGAGAUCACCAGAAGGGUCAACCUGCAGGGCAUCUUUCAGGCCGUCUACACUGCUGGAGUGGUACUGCCCAAACCUGUGGGCACGUGCAGGUACUGGCAUCGCUCUUUGAACCCACGAAAACUAAUCGAAGUGAAGUUCUCCCACCUGAGCAGAAACAUGACUAUGCAGCGCACCAUGAAGUUGUACCGUUUGCCUGAGGCCCCGAAGACUUCUGGUCUGCGGCCGAUGACCAAGAAGGAUAUUCCGGUGGUGCAUCGCCUCCUCCGCGAGUACCUGAGCCAGUUCAACCUGGUGCCUGAGAUGAACCAGGAGGAGGUGGCGCACUGGCUGCUGCCACGGGAGAACAUUAUCGACACUUACCUGGUGGAGAAUGAUGGCAAAGUGACAGAUUUCCUGAGUUUCUACACACUGCCCUCCACCAUUAUGAAUCACCCCGUGCACCGCAGUCUAAAAGCAGCGUACUCCUUCUACAACGUGCACACUACCACCCCCCUGCUCGACCUGAUGUCUGACGCUCUCAUUCUGGCCAAAUCGAAAGGGUUUGAUGUCUUUAAUGCACUGGAUCUUAUGGAAAACAAGACUUUCUUGGACAAACUUAAGUUUGGCAUCGGUGAUGGGAAUCUACAGUAUUACCUGUACAAUUGGAAGUGUCCCAGCAUGGGGUCAGAAAAGGUCGGGUUGGUUCUGCAGUGACAUCCCUGCACGCCGUGAGCGAGUGUCACCACCAGGCCAGGAGAGCGCACCAUCGCACCGACCACCGACGGAUGGACUGAUGACUUCCUGCUUUAGGAGAGGAAACCCACCGCCCAUUUUUACUUUUUGACCUUUUGAACUUUGACCUGCACUACCGCUGCCAGGCGGGGAGGCAGCGAGAGCCUCCAGCUCCUCCUCCUCCCUCCAUCACACGGACCUUAAGCCAUUGUAGUUACCAUCCCAAACAACUGUAAUACAUCUGAAAGCUGUCUUGAUUGUACCAAACACACCCACACACAAGAACAGUUUGCACAGGUUACCGGAUACCAAACACUCACUGUUGGCAUACCUACAAGGAAAACAGAAAAAAACCAACAUACAGUACAUGUAAAUAAUGUCAAACAAUACUGCGGAUUGAUGCCCUAACACAUCCAGACUAGAACCUACUGUUUUAUUUUAUUCCUAAAUGUUGGAAGUGCUUUUUGCAAUUAAAUCAAAUCUGUCAUCCUUAAGUUUUAGAGAUAAAAGAAAAACAAAAUGAUCAAAAAAUAUUUUAAAGAGGAAAACAAGAAGAUGAGGUAAUAAAUACCACAAGUGGACACGAGAUAAGGGCUUCUGUUAAAAGUUUUCUUGUCAUGCUUGAGGCUGUCUCUUUUUUUAAAACUUUUUAUUCAUUUCACCACCGUUUCUUCGAGCAGUCAUGGAGAUGUUUCUGCACUGCUUGAAGAUGAUGCCAGUUCUUCUGGAUCUGUAUUAACUGUCCUCCUCAGCUUGCUGCACAAAAAAAAAAAAAAGAAACCCCAGACAGAAAUCAAUCAUUUUCGAUGGCUGUGGAAGGUUCUGAUGAAGUUUACUCGACAUGUUUAUAAUCAGGGAUGAGCUGUGUGGUGACGCUUCUUGAUUUAAGCAGAGCCCCAGUUGCAAUGUUCACCCUUCUGGCUUUGAUGUUUUUCCCUGAGGGCUCAGGGCGAAAUCGGAAAGAAGUUUAGGGCACUUCUCAAGGCUUUUUGAGCUCAAAAAGAGUCAAAAAAAAUGUGUAUAUUCAAAAUAUGAAUAAUCCAACCAUAAAGAAACUGAAAGAGAUGUUUACAUGCAUGUAGCAACACCAUGUUUAGUUCCUAGCUCUAUCAGGCUACAGUAAGGGUUUGAGUUGUCUGAUGAAAUAACGUCAUUAAUAGUUUUUUUUCUGCUAUAUGUAGAAAGUGACAACAAACCUACAAUGUUACCAACUUAAUGAAAUAUUUCAGGGUGGAUGUUGGAGCUGGGGCCUUGAACAGCAGUGAGGAGGAGGAUGAUGGGGAGGUGCCCCAAUUAAAGUGUUUCUUAUGUAAAAUGUUGAUUCUAAUUGCAAACAGAUUUAAAAACAACAAAAACAGGAUCUCGCGGUGUUAAGAUGCAGGAAAUGAAUGUGAAGAUGCAGGUGAUUUUUUUUUUUUUUUUGAGCAAAAAAAAAUAAAAUCUAGAAGUUA